CCCGUUUCUGAAGCCGUCGAACCCCCUUCCCCGUUUUCCGCGCCGCCGUCCUCCUUCCACUCCUUCCCUCGCUUGCUCCAGGCCGCGGCGCAAGAAGCCAUGCUGCAUCACCUCAGAUCGGCCGCGGCGAGCUCUCCCGGCCGCUUGCCCGCGCCGCCGGAAGACGAUGAGGAGAGUGUGAGGGCUGUCGCCGUCUCCGACCAGAGGACCAUCUAUCUGGUGAACAUGUUCAUAGCGAACACGGUGGAGUUUCUCAACUCGUUCGCUGCGACCUGCGACGACAAGCUCGCGCUACUCCACAGGAAGAUAGUGAAACUGGACUCAUCUCUUGCCCUUCUUGAAGCAAAGCUCCACAGUAUUGAUGAAAAUAUUGCUCUGGGACACCCAACAAGCCAAAAGGCACAGCAAUCUUCGUCGGAUGAGAAAAAUUUUUGUUCGGAAAAUUUAGUGGGUGAAUCCUCUAGGUCUGGUGAUUCGUGACUAAGCUAUGCUGACAGGAAACACUAGGAAUUGCGAAGAGUCAGACUUGUUCAGCCCAGCUUUGGGAAAUGGCAGUUCUACAUGACGUCAAUGUACCAUAUACGGGUGUCGAGGACAAACAAAUGCGCCAGAGCUAAUGAAGUUGAAAUGGUCAUGCCAUGCAGAUAGUUUAUGCUCGUUCAAAGGUCGAAACAGUUGGGUUUUGGUCAACUUCAACUCGUGCUCUCCAGAUGUGGUUGUGUAUGUCCUGGACGUUUUUUUUUUUUGCCAGGGGUGAAAGGGGGAAGAACCAAGCAGAGACUCAAGAUUUGCACCUUCGAAACUGUAGGAAAGCAAACUUUUAGUGAUCCUAAAUGUCAUUUGUCUGGAGAAAUGCUCUUGUGACACUUGCGUACACUGCAUUAUUCCUCCGAAACUGAAAGAAUUUACUUAAAGGUAUAGACAUCUUGGUCCCUGAGCUUUACCCAGAGGGUCAACUUCAUCCCUCAACUUUCAGAUUGGCCAAUUUAGUUCCUCAACUUUCGGUUUUGGGUCAAACUCGUCCUUAUGUUGAUAUGUGACUCCAUAUUGAUAUGAAACUAAUAUAAAAGAUUCAUUUCUUUUCUCUCUUCAA